ACGGGUAGGUGAGGCGUUUGAGUGGGGCCUCACGCCUAGACCGGCCUUUGCUUUGCCUUUAGACGCUUUUUGAAAUGUAAAAGAAACAUGGAUCAAAGCAAGCUGCUAUCUCACAUUAACUAGGGUUACUGGACCACAACUUCACAAUGACGAGAAGAAGUCUUGCAGCGAAUUCUGCAUAUGAAGACUCCCGCGAAGCAAGCAUGGUGGUACAUCGGGGUGCAAAGCAUACAGCUGGACUCCGGAAAACAAAUAUGACGAAGAUUGUCGGUUCUUCUACCCCUUUGCGCCGCUCAAAUCGUUUGAAAGGAAGUGACCCUUUACAUGGAAGUUGGGAAGGGAAGCAGCGUUGCGGAGACGAUUGUGUUGUUCUUGACAUCCAUCAGCCGUGCAUCAAAAUGAAGGAAGUGAAAGAAAAGUAUGACUAUGAAGCAAUCCGCAAGGCUCGCAUUUCGGAAAACCAGGCUCGCAUGGAAAGUUUGGGAAUCCGAAAAACCAUGUUAGAACUUCGGUCCACUAUUCCUUCAAAGCCAAAAUUGGAUAAGAGAAAGUUGAUCAAGAGUGAAUGCUCAUCCAGCCUUUUGCGCCGUUCCAAUCGCUUGAAAAACAAACCAGCAGUUUCAGUUAAGCUAGAAGAUGAUGAGGGGUAUACUGCUCGCCAGCCGUCGUCCUAUGCGGUGGCUCGGGUUUGCUCAAGAAAGGUUAGGGGCAGUGUGCACAAUCCCAUCUACGGAAUCUCUUGCCACUUCUGCAGACAAAAGAAAUUGUGUGGUGAAGAAGAAUGCAAGCGUUGUAAUGAUUUCGACAUGAACCAACCUUGUAUAGGUAAGACAGAUUGUUCGCUUUGUCAUUCUGGUAAUGGUGUCUUUUGCCGAGCCUGCCUUGAGAUUAGAUAUGGUGAAGAUAUGGAGGAAGUGAGAGCAAAUAAAGAAUGGAUAUGCCCUCAUUGUGUUGAAGACAAAGGGAUUAAUCCAUAUUGGAUUUGCAAUAGUUCAUUUUGUUUGAAGAAGCGGGGAAUGGCUCCUACCGGGAUAGCAAUAUACAAAGCUCGAGAGAUGGGACUCAAAUCAGUGGCACAUCUACUGAUGCAUGAGCUUAUGAGCAAAGAUGAUAGAUCCAUCUGAUCACAAUUGCCGAGGUGCUUCACCUCCUUUACAAUGUGGAACUACUGUAAGAGUGUGGAGCUGGAGGCUAAUGUAUCCCACAUUCCCAUCGAUACAUUUUUUUUGCAUAUCAUGGUCAUUGAACCUUUUGCAUUUAUAACAUUAUGCAGAAAGUUGAGGGGGUGAUUCAAUCUUUUGCCUUCUUAUUGAUCUUCCAUAUAUCUUCCAUGUAUGUGAAACUGAUAACAGCUUGGAAUGUUUACUAUCUGUUGCCUAUGGAAUUUAAUGGGAAUAUGCAAUGUUAAAAACAAUGCUAGCCACCGCGCAAACCCAC